AUGCGAAACAAGUCUGUCUAUGAAUUGUCUUAUAGGCCGUUCAAAUCCGGUCGACAAAUCUACAAGGAAAAUCUUUCAUACCGUCUUCAAAGGCGACUUGAUGAGCUUUCACAUCACCCAUUUCAAUGGUCUGAUGAUAGUGACUCAACUUCAUCGCCAGAGUCACCUUUCGCAGACAAUCCCUGCUCACCCCGUGAUACCGACAGCACAUUGCUUAUUGAUGCAUCUUCUUCUGUUAAUGAAUCCGUAUUAGACAACGCUAAUGUCUCUUGUGUUCGAAUGCGUGAUGAGGGCACCCAAACUGACACUGGAAUGGUGACUAACCCAAACAGCAAUUCCGCCUCUUCACUUCAGCGUGGCUGUCGUAGGCAGUCUCGAACCAGUAACUCUGGUGUAAUGUUGCGUCGACCACCAAAAUGUAGUGGCAAAUCAAAUGUGGGAAAGCUUGGAGACCAGUCUUGUGUGGAAAAGCUUUCUAAGACCAAAAAUGAUAUUGAUAAACAAACGACCAAUGGAGAACCCUUUUCACCGACUGUUAACAAUAAGCCGAAGGUCGUCUGGUCAGCUGAUGCUCGCAAAGAUUCAGAUUGCCUUAAGGGGGACCAAAAGAACGUGUGGCGGUCUGCGUACAGCCGAGAUUUUCCAGUCUAUCCCCCUCCAGUCUAUGCAAGUUCUUGCGGCAAGGUCGCUUUUCGCCGUCGCGUGGGUAAUUCACCCAGAACUCUGGGAACCAUAACCAGGGCGGCUUCGACGAUGUACCAGUGGCUCCAGUACCUCCAGUUGAAAACCAGCCCUCUGACCCGCCAGCCGUUCCGUCCGCAGCAGUUGAGGUCCCCAAACCCGCGGCAACCAGCCGAGUGCGACGUCGGUCCACCUCAUCCAGGUCCUCUCGGUCUGCUCGUUCGCUUAGUCGUAGCAGUAGCCGUUCACCACCGCAGUACUAUCGCAGAGGCCGAUACCGGCGUUCACGUUCGCGCGUCAAAAACCGAAGUAGAAGCCGGUCGCGUUCUGGUCGUUAUCGACGUCGACGCUCAAGGUAUUCCACUUAGAACGCCGUCAUAUCGGCCACCUCUUCGCAGACAAGCAGGUCGGCCGCGCAGAUUCUCGCCCUAUCGACCUAACCGCGCCACCGCUGGCCGGGUUCCCCCUUACUCCUCUUUCCCGCGGCGCGACGGCCAUGCCUCUCCCAAAGGUCCCAAUGCACCUCCUCCUCCCCUUGCUGCUGCUUCCCGUCGCUCCUCCCCACCACUCGCCCCCCGUGCUGGAAGUGUUGAGAGCGGCCGAAUGCCUCCGCUAACCGAGCGAUUUGAGCGCCUUGUAGAGACCACAAUGAGGCAUCGUCGGCGGGACCAUGGUGUCUUGGGGGGUCUUGCCCAUCUCAUUCUCACCAAUCGUCUCAAGCUUCCCUUACCAACACUCAUGCGUGAGGCAAAGGAGCUCUCAGUCGUAAUCGAACGCGAUUUGCCACCGGAAGUUUCUGAUGUGAUUGCUGAAAUCUCAUUUAACUUCGAUCUGGGCCCGAAUUUCGCCUUCCCCCACCCUCCCAAUGCAGGACACAGGCCUGUGUUCGAUCGGAGUGAGAUACCCUUAUUCAGUAAGCCAGAGGAUAAUGAGAAGGUUACUGAGAGGAUGGUUGCGGUGCUUUCCUCAGGUGUCGAUUUUCGCAUGGGCGGCCAGAGCGCAGAUCCCCGUGGUGAAGCCGACCAAGGCAGGCCCGACAGUAACUUCCGACAGCGACGAAUUAAUGCAUUUAGCCGUUUGGGUCCUUCAAACCCUCUGGAUGUGCCAAAAGGCGCCUCCUAUUUUAUGCACGAUGAUCGUGAUGGACGGUCCUACGGCUCCCGCAGAAGACGCAUUGGUGCUGGUGGAUAUUCGAGGAAUGAGUGGCAUCGAAAAAGGUCCGAUUACGAUGUCCGAGAUUCCAGACAAAAGAGUUUCCGCACAUCUCGCUUUUCGGAUGAUGGUGAUGAUGGAGGCGAACGCCACCACCGUUCGGGUCGACGGUCAGCGCUGCCGGAUGCCAAUGACGAGGGACGGUGGUGCCACGACAAAUUCCUAGAGUUAGAAAAGGAGGCUAACGGUCGUGGUGUGUCUCGUCCUUCCUCCGCCUCUUCUUCAGCGUCGUCGUCGACGGAUUCUUCACCCAAACAUGAUUCCAAGUAA